AUGCUCGUUAUAGAGACACACAAAGAUGUACCCACCAAGGCAGGUGGUGAUAUGAGGGUCUUCAUCUUCCACCCUACUAUUGCCAACUACCCGAAGGCCAAAUUCCCGGCUGUCGUUGUAUUCUCCGAAAUAUACCAAGUCACUGGGCCCGUUGCUCGCUUUGCUCGUCAAAUAGCGUCCCGAGGAUAUAUCGUCGCAGCACCGUCCUCAUACCACGAAUUUACUGGUCCCGAGCCUCUGGCGUACGACGGUCCGGGUACGGACGCUGGGAACGAAUGGAAGAUCACAAAGACAGUCGAAGCAUAUGACGAAGAUGCCACGCUUUCCAUUGACACCCUGCUUGAACUGCCAACGUGUAAUGGCCGUGUUGGCGCUACCGGCAUGUGUCUAGGCGGUCAUCUAGCCUAUCGUUGCGCUUUCGAUCCCCGCAUCUCCAGUGCAAUGUGCUAUUUCGCAACCGAUAUCCACAGCUCCACGUUGGGUAAGGGCAAAAAGGAUGACUCACUCGCUCGCACCAAGGACAUCAAAGGAGAACUGGUCAUGAUCUUUGGUAAGAUGGAUACUCAUGUCCCAGCCGAGGGUAGGGAUUUGAUUAGACAGACGCUUCAAGAGGCUGGAGUAACAUUUUCAUUCUACGAACCAGCUUGGGCACAACACGCUUUCAUUCGCGACGAACUUAGCAAGGGCCGGUACGAUGCUGCGUUGGCGGGGAUCUGCUUUGAGAUGCUCAAGGAGCUUUUCGAUCGGACGCUGCGAACUGACCUCGGGCCAAAGAGUGGUGGUGACGUCGAGGUCGAAGAUAUUUGUUAG